UAUCUGGCAUGAGAAUGAUUCGAUCCGCGUACAUGAAUGUAACAAUACUAGAUAAGAGUGUGAUUAUUUGCUGCAGAUGCUGUUUUUACCAAUUCCUACUUGCAUAAAUCUCCAAAAGUCCCCCUCUUUUAACUUGAAUCUCGGAUCACCCUAACCUUUCCAUCACAAUUUGUCUUGCCCAUCAUGAAAUCCUUCGUUUCUUUGCUAGGACUUUCAUUCCUUACGUGCCAUGCCUCAGCUCAUUACAUCUUCCAGUCACUUACCUACAAGAACAUCCAAUAUCCACCCUAUGGAUACAUUCGAAUGAACAAUAAUUACAAUAGUCCUGUCACAGAUCUCGCUAGCAAUGAUCUACGAUGCAAUUCCGGAGGCGAGACAAGUAAUGGAGCGCAAACUCUUACAGUCAAAGCUGGCGAUUCUUUCUCUUUCACUGCAGACAUACAGGUUUAUCAUCAGGGUCCUUUGUCUAUAUAUAUGGCAAAAGCACCAACGACUGCAGCAGCCUUUGAUGGGUCCGGCCAAGUUUGGUUCAAGAUUUUAGAUAUUGGUCCUGCCUUUACAAAUCAAGUCGCAACUUGGAAUCUUUACCAAACAUAUACCUAUACUAUUCCGCCAAAUCUUCCCAACGGCGAUUAUCUUCUUCGUAUUCAACAACUUGCUAUUCAUAAUCCUUAUCCAGGAGGAAUUCCUCAAUUCUACAUUGAAUGCGCCCAAAUAACCGUGACAAACGGAGGUACCGGAACUCCCGGUCCUCUAGUAUCUAUCCCAGGAGCCUUCGCCGUCACAGACCCCGGCUACACAGCAAAUAUCUACUCAAAUUUCUUCAACUACACUGUUCCCGGCCCCGCCGUCUGGGCUUCUCAAGGGGGGGCCUCGGUUUAUGCUGGAAUCUCGAAUGGUAAUAAUGCGGCGACUACGUUGGCUAGUAUGCCGGCUGGAACGGGGACGGCUACUACUGCUACCGCGUCUGUAACUGCUACGACGACUGGGACUUUAAUCACAACGAUCAAGACUGCAACUCUUACUACCACGACGAAGACUGCGACGAGCGCGACGGCUACGGUGACGGGGGCGCUGGUGCAGAAGUUUGGACAGUGUGGAGGUCAAGGAUGGACUGGAGGAACGGUUUGUGCUGCGGGUAGUACGUGUACGGCUAGUAGUGUUUACUAUAGUCAGUGUUUGUGAGUGGUGUAGGGGGAUGAUGAAAGGGGGUGAAAGGGGAUAGUGGAAUGCUAUGUGGAUUGGAUUGGACUGAUAUAAUAUGAGAUUAGUGUUCAUGUGAGGUAGAGAGAAGCCGGAUUUUGGGGAAGUUUGUUAUUUUGUAUAUGAAUGAUGAUGUUGUGGGGAUGCAAAAGGUUUUACGAAUUGCAUUCAAUUGCUGGGGAGUUAUUACAAUAAUCUCGCACGUUGAACGUGUGGAUGAGGUUUCACUAUAAUUCAAUGGAUAGAGGA